AUGGGAGCGGGGGACAGGGACCCGCGGGGAGGAGCCGACCCCGUGCGGGGGGAGCGGUCCGUGUGCCCGGGGUCGCACCCGGGGCGUUCCCGCCUCCCGGAUGACCCGGUGCCCGGCCCCCCCGGGCCCUGGCCGUGUCCCCCUGCCCAGGUGGAGGACAGCGUCCUCACGAUCGGCAAGUUCCACAACAUGGUGAAGCUCGUGGCGUUCUCGCCGUUCCGGUCGGCGCAGAGCGCCCUGGAGAACAUGAACGCCGUGUCCGAGGGGGUCCUGCACGAGGACCUGCGGCUGCUGCUGGACACGGCGCUGCCCCCCAAGAGGAAGAAGGUGGUGCUGGGGGUGGGCGACGCCAAGAUGGGGGCGGCCGUGCAGGAGGAGCUGGGGGUGCAGUGCCAGACCGGGGGCGUCGUGGCCGAGCUCAUGCGGGGGAUCCGGCUGCACUUCCCGGCGCUGGUGCGGGGCCUCACGGCGCAGUCGGCGGCCAAGGCCCAGCUGGGGCUCGGCCACAGCUACUCCCGGGCCAAGGUGAAGUUCAACGUGCACCGUGUGGACAACAUGAUCAUCCAGUCCAUCAGCCUGCUGGACCAGCUGGACAAGGACAUCAACACCUUCUCCAUGCGCGUCCGGGAGUGGUACGGGUACCACUUCCCCGAGCUGAUCAAGAUCGUCCCCGACAACUCCAUGUACUGCCGGGUGGCCAAAUUCGUCGGGAACCGGCGGGAGCUGAGCGAGGAGAGCCUGGAGGGGCUGGAGGAGAUCGUCAUGGACAGCGCCAAGGCCCAGGCCAUCCUGGAGGCCUCGCGCUCCUCCAUGGGGAUGGACAUCUCCCCCCUGGACCUCAUCAACAUCGAGAGCUUCUCGCGCCGCGUGAUCUCGCUGUCCGAGUACCGGCGGGGGCUGCAGGAGUACCUGCGCUCCAAGAUGAGCCAGGUGGCCCCCAGCCUGUCCGCCCUCAUCGGGGAGGUGGUGGGUGCCCGGCUCAUCUCUCACGCCGGCAGCCUGACGAACCUGGCCAAGUACCCGGCGUCGACGGUGCAGAUCCUGGGGGCCGAGAAGGCCCUGUUCAGGGCUCUGAAGACACGCGGGAACACCCCCAAGUACGGGCUCAUCUUCCACUCCACCUUCAUCGGGAGAGCGGCCGCCAAGAACAAGGGGCGCAUCUCGCGGUACCUGGCCAACAAGUGCACCAUCGCCUCCCGCAUCGACUGCUUCUCGGAGGUCCCCACCAGCGUGUUCGGGGACAAGCUGCGGGAGCAGGUGGAGGAGCGCUUGGCCUUCUACGAGACCGGGGAGCCCCCCCGGAAGAACCUGGAGGUGAUGAAGGAGGCCGUGGUGGAGGCCAACGAGGUGGUGGCUGAGGUGAAGAGGAAGCAGGAGAAGAAGGAGAAGAAGAAGAAGAAGCGGGAGAAGCGGCGGCUGGAGGCCCUGGCAGCGGCGGCCGAGGAGGCAAAGGAGGAGAACUCGGUGAUGGAGACAGAGGAGAACGAUGUGGGGGCCAAGAAGAAGAAGAAAAAGAAGAAGCAGCAGGUGGAGGAGUCAGAGCCAGAGGCUGAGCCGGAGGCUGAGCCUGAGGAGAACGGGCUGGAGGAGGAGGAGGAGGAGGAGCAGCCCCUGCCCAAGAAGAAAAGGAAACUCACAGUGGAGCCCGAGCAGGAGGAGGAGGAGGAGGAGAAGAAGAAGAAAAAGAAGAAGAAGAAGAAGGCAGUGGCCCAGGACUUGGAGGAGGAUUAGGGAGCAGGGGCUGGAGCAGGAGCUCCAGCACACGGACAGACGGACUGAGAUUGAGGGACAGGAGGAGCUCGGGGUGGCCCCUUGCCGUGUCUCUGCAGUGUUCUGGGCGUGUCCUGUGGCACAGUGGCCACACUGAACGUCUUGUGGCCCCUGAGGGCCUGGGUGAGUCCUUUGGGCACCGGCAGCCCCUGGGCUGUGCCUUACAGUGUUGCCCCAGCCCCCCGUGUUCCUUCCUGGGGGUUUGGGUGCACGUGGGGUGUCCCUGGGCCGUGUCCCCUGCCCUGGGGGGCCUGGGCUGUGUGUGGCCCUGUCCCCCCCCUGUGCUGUGCAGGGGCAGGACCUGCUCGGGCUGAUCAGGCCCCAAUAAAGGGCUGAGGUUGUUGUGUACCCCUCCUGUCCUGGUGUGUGCCAGGGGGUGCCCUCGCUCUCCCCUCUGGCACAGGGACACGAUGGCACCGUGGUCACGCCUGAGGCCACUUUAUUGGAGGGAAGGAGUGAUUUACCAGGUGGGC